ACAAACACCUUGCACACAGCAUAGCACAUCAACCCCACAUUUAAUCACACAAAACUAUCAUCGACAGUUUAAAAAUGCUUUCCUCCAUCACCAACAAGAUUAAGUCCGCCGUCCACCACGACAAGGCUGCCGAUGUUCACCACGAGGGCCCCGUUACUGACGCUUCUCUGAAGACUACCGACCACACCAACCCACCCGUUACUCGCUCCGUUCCCCAGAGCGGCGUCAACACCCUUCCCGGCACGUCCAACCCCACCGCCAACCCCAAUGUCGCCCCCGCCGCCGAGGGCCACCAGUACGGUGAGGGUGUCAUCGGUGGGAUGGCCGGCGCUACCAACGAGCCUGGUCACUUCACCAGCAAGGCCCCAGGUGCUCCCGGAAAUGGCCUCCUCCCCCACGCCCCUGAGGCUAGCGCCAAGGUGCACCCAAACGCGACAACCGCUGCCAACCCUGAUGCUCGUCUACACGGUAUCUUGACCGUGACCGUUCUCGAGGCUGAGAACCUGGCCAAGAUGGAUUGGACCGGCGAGAACGACAACUACGUCAUCGUUGAACUUGACCACACCCCCGCCGGCCAGGCGCAAGCCGCCAUCCACGACAUCAAGGAGCCCACCGAGUCCGCCCAAAGGACGCAAGUCCAGCCGGGCGCCUCCCCGAUCUGGAACGAGCGUCUCGUGUUCCCUGUCCCCCAAUCAUCGUCUGGCACCGUCCCCACUUCGCUUCGUGUCUCCAUCUGGGACGAGGACUACAACGCUCACGAUCUCGUCGGCGCCGGGAUCGUCGCCGUGCCUCAGGGCUUCUUGACUGCUAACAAGCAAGGAAUGCUCACCCAGUGGGUCGAGUUGAGGCAUAAGGAUAAGCCGGCGGGCAAGGUCUGCCUCGUGUUGCACUUUGUGCCAGAGACCAUGUUUGACUACAUGGGCAAAAAGUACAACAACGCCGCCGCUGCCGCGAAGAAGAAGGUGAUUGCCGCUGUUGUUGGCAAGGUCACCUCUACGGCCCAAAGCCAGAUUAUGGGCUACGUCGCUUAGAGUGAGCGUGGAUUUUUGGAUACCCACAUGUGUAUAUAAACGAGUGUGCAGAGCAUUGCAACCCCAUUCAGAAGUUUUGAAUCCAAAAACAUAUAUACCCACCACCUAGUCCUUGCACUAUGUUGUUGUUGCUCUGGUUAACUUUCGAUAUUGACAAAUAUUGAGCUCCAUGUCCCUCCAAAAUGUAGCCGGCAUAACUGUCCACGCGCGAAAGUCCUUAGAAGUCCCACAAGGGGUGA